GAGAUUGUUUUAUUUGCAUUCAUAUUUUAUAUUAAUGUAAGUACACUGGGAUGUUUGAUGACACGAUCUUGUAUUUGUCAGAGUAAGUUUUGCCGAAUAUCGCCUGCGCCCAACGUAGAGCUCUAUCAUUAAGGUCACGGCCGGACAGAGUUAUUUCAGGCGCGACGCAUUCUUGGAACACUAUUUUGUAGAGAGACACGAGGAGAGAUAUCUUUACGAAGAGAGAUAUCUAUUCAGUAGAGAUACAAAAUUUUAUAACAUAUUAACAUAAUAUUAAUAAUUCAGAGCAAACCGAACAAGCAAAGUUCGACAUGCUCAAGAUCCCCAUCAUAAAUUACAACAUUUCCAGUAAAUAUAAUGUUAUGCCGAGAAGACUAAUAAUAUUACUUGUCGUUUUAAAAAUAAUAUUUCCUGGAAAACGUGUGCUGAAAAUAACUUGUGAUUCUUCAUACAAACUGAGCCGAGAUGAGACAUCCACGAAUUUUCCGAUUGACGCCGACUCAGUCACGCUCUGGAACGAACCGAAGACAAUGAGGUUUCGCCAAUCAUUUAGUACGGCUUAUCGUGGAAAAUUGCCGUGAAACAUCGCGGAACUGAUAGUUGCUACUUAUUCCCAAUAUAGGGAUUGGAUUUAUUAAUUUUAUUUUAAUACUGCUACUACGAAUUUACAUAACCACUUAACUACGUAAAAAUAUGAAAUUCUGUUGCAAUGAAAUUGAAGAUCGAAUUAGAAUCUUGGCGAAGGUAACCCUAACCAUACAUGACCAGUUUAUAGUUUUCAUGUUGCUUCAAAUAUGCGGAAAAUAUUUUAUUGAAUUUACUAUUUUAUUAUUAAUCGUUAUGGUAUGAUUUAAUUUGAAAUAUCUGAUUGAAAGUGUUCCAUAAUUUUACGGACGCAAUACCGUUAAACAAGAGCACACAAGAGAGUAGGUCCGAGUCAGGAUUCACCCGCAAUGAAAAAACGCCCGAGAGCUACUUUUAAUAAGAGACCUCACUCGGUGUCGCCGAGUAUACCUGUCAGACCACGGAGCCCUCUGGGAAAGACCAUCGGCGAUAGAAGAUGUCAUAGCUUAUCUCCAUCAAUGGAAAAACCAACAAUUCAGAAGAUGAGUGUGGCUGAGUCAAGUGUGUCUGCUCCAGAGUCCCAUGGCGGCGGCAGUAUCGUCAGCGACAACAACGACCUCGAGCAAGCUUCUAUUGCAGAAAAGACGUCUGUUCGGGCAAUGGCUUCGAAAUUAAUGCGGUCGAUGGCGGGCAAGAAAAGGGAUUUCCUCAAACAAAAGAAAACUUUAAUCUCUCUCCAGAACUCCGUACUAGAACUAUAUGCUACUCUAAGAGAGAUGGAGGUACGCACGGACACCAAAGAUGAUACCCUGGGCGAGGUCCGCGUGCUAUCCGUGACGGGAUGGCCGCCACACGACCUGCUACUGCUCGUGCGGGAGGACCUGGACCUGCCCCUCAACCCGGACAUCAACGGGAUAUUCAGUCUCCAAAUCUUACAACAGUUGAGUGCACAGUUGAAUCAAAUCCCUGAAGAGGUAUUAGGAGUAGGGGCAGAGUUGAUGGCCCGACGCAUAGAACUUCUAAAUUUGAUACGAGCUAAGUAUCGCAACAAUGCAAAAAAUGCGGAAUGGGAUGCUGAAACUGAAAAACUUCAUAGACUAUUAGCAGGCAUAGCCGAGAAUCUGAAAUCAAAAGUAAAUUACUGUAUAGAUUUAGCUAAGAUCCCAUGGCUUGAUCGCGAGACUAUGAUAAAGAAAAUAGAUCGAUUACAAAGGGAGAACUUAGUCCUACAACACAAACUGGAAGAUUACACAAAAAAAGACGGCGAUGAAGGCAAAGAAUGUGUAGCCGAAGGAUUAACUUACCAUAAAUGUCAAUCUCAGAAGCUGGCUGAGGACCUGGCCAAGGAGCGGAACGCGCGGGAAUCGCUGAAGGAAGUGGUGGCUGCUGCUGAGAGCAUGCUGCGAGUGGCGCGCGGGCGCAUCGCCACGCUGGAGCGCCAGCUCAAGGAAACCCGCGCAGAUCUCGACGCUGCGCGCCGCAAACACAAAGACCUCGAGCAACUCGUAAACAGUCCCUCCCAACAGAAGGCAUAUCGUCACCGAGAGACGAGCUACGACGCGCGCUCGAGGAAGUUGAUCGAGAUGUCGAAGACUGGAGAAAUGACGAUCGAGACUCUAUCUCGCCAGCGGGAUGCUCUAGAGCUUAGGUUUCUUAAAAUCAUUAUUGUGACGUUUUUUUAUCAACAGUUUUGGAAGUUAAGAAGUUACAAAAACGUUUUAAGGGUGAAGGAACUCCGCGACGCGGGGGAUGUCGUGGAGAAGGCGGCCGCGUCGCGGGAGGCUGAGCUGCGCGCGCGCCUCGACUCCUUGACCGCGAAGAUGGCUGAACAGGAAAAGAACCGAGCAGCGGCCGAGAGUAGGAUUCCAGGAUAUGAAGUUCGUAUAAAAGAACUGGAAGAGCAGUUGCAAAUAUACCGAGAACGGUCAGCAAAGCUGAUUGACAUAGAAAGGAAACGUUGCGUCGAGUUUUUGCCGUCUAUAGAGACGGAGCCUACUGAUAGAGAAACAGAGAUAUGGACUGAACUACAGUUUACUAGAGCAGCCUUAGCUACCACUGAAGAAGAGUUAAAACAAGCUAGAGCCGACAAGGACAGCUUUUUAAAUUCAUUAAAUAAAAUUGCGCAAGUGGAUGGAGACGAUUCAAUCCAAGAUAAAAUGGGCGCUGAAUUAGUCGAGCGAGAAAAGAAAAUUGCAAAGUUACAGAACGUGAUUGAACAACUAAAAGAAAAUGAAAAAACAAUGAAACAAGACGUCACGCAAUAUGAGAACCAACUGACGUCACUUAAAAUGGAGGUUAAGCGUUUAAGAAAUUAUAACUGUUACUCUAAAGAAAUUCCAUUUCAAGAAUUACAGACAGAGCUGUUAGACAUGCACAUGCAAGUGGACACCUUAUCGCGCGAACGCAAUGCCCUGGUGACGGCGGCAGCAUCCAGAGCAUUGAUGCUCGAGAGACACGAGAGGGCGGCGUCCCUGUUCGCCCGCAUCCUGAAGGCGCGGCGAGACCUAACGGCUCUGGUCGAGGGAGGGGGCUCCGAGCCAUCGUCGUUAGAUGACAGUAGUAAUGCAGAGGUGUCCCGAUCCCUGUCGUCAGUGUGUGGGAAUGCGGCGGAGACGUGGACGGCCCUCCAGGCCGAGCGAACCCGGGUGCUCCGGCUAGAGAGCGCGGUGUUGGCCCAAAGUCUGCAAUUGGAGCGGGAGGACCGUGUCAGGACGCAGCUAGAACGACGUCGCGCCGUCCUCGAGAGAGAGGUCUUGAGGGCCCACCAGUCCUCCUCAGCUGAGCAGUGCUCGUCGCUCAACGCCAGUCGGAAAAACUUGAACUGGCCAUUUUAAUGAAUAAUGCUAGUCGCUAAACUCCUGUCGAAUUGGCAUUUUACAUCAAUAUGACUACAGUAAUUGGUUGCAAUUCGAUUUUAGUUAGCAAUAUUAUAAAGUAAUUAACAUUGGCAUAUACAUAAGAGUUUUGUGGUAUUUUGUUACGUUAAAUAAAUACGAAAA